AGCAACUUUGCGCUUAUCAGCAUCUAACUCCGCCUCCCACAAUCGCUGGAUCUGGAAAAGAUGACUCUCAUGAUACUGUUGAGAAUACUUGAGAAUUAUAAAAUUUUAUGAAGCCGUAAAUAAUAAACAUAACUGUCACCCUAAUAUGUGCAACAUAAAAUGCAGACAGGUAAACGCCAAUUAGACUAAAUCUCUCGCCAAACCCCCACAUCCCCUCACCAAAGACGGGAUUACAUCACGUCAAUUGCGAGCUCAAUUCUUCAUCGUUUGUUCUGGAGCCGAAACAACUCUUUCUCUCUCUAUUUUCACGUCGAAGCUUCUUCAAAUUUUAUUUCUGAUACCUCUUUGUGUUUUCUUUGUGUUACCAGGUUCGAAGACUACCUGCAACAAUGACAGGCAAAACCAUUAUCGUCACCGGUGCUUCGAGAGGCAUCGGUCUUGCUGUCGCAAAAUACCUCCUCACGGCACCUCAAUCCCACAAUGUCGUCGUCGUGGCCCGCAGCGUUGAACCCCUCCAGAAGCUCAAAGAGCAGUACAGCAAGCAGGUCGAAGUGCUCAAUGGCGACCUUGCAGACUUCUCCCUCGCUCAGAAGGCAGUUGACCUCGCCCUCAAGUCCUUCGGCCAGCUUGAUGGGAUGGUCCUGAACCACGGAAUCUUGGGACAAGUGGGCAAAGCUGCCCAGGCCGAUCUGGAACAGUGGCAGCACGGUUACAGUGUCAAUGUCUUCAGUUUGGUGGCUUUUGUCAAAGCAGGUCUCCCGGCCCUCCGUCAGACGAAGGGAAAAAUCAUCUUCACAUCGUCGGGAGCUUCAGUGAGCGCCUACAGGGGUUGGGCUCUUUAUGGAUCGACCAAGGCGGCCAUGAACCACCUCGCUCUGAGCUUGGGCGAGGAAGAGCCCGAGGUCACCAGUGUUUCCAUUCGACCUGGGAUGGUCGACACUGAGAUGCAGCGCGAGCUGAGAGAGGACCAUGCUACGACUCUGGAGCCUCAAGUCCACUCCAAAUUUACUACGGUUCAUAAAGACGGAAAACUUCUUAAGCCCGAACAGCCAGGACAUGUCAUUGCUAAGCUUGUGCUGGAUGCCCCAAGCACACUAUCUGGAAAAUUUCUAUCCUGGAACGACAAGGAUCUAGAGGCAUUUCAGGCGUAGAUGAAUUUUCGAGUAUCUAGAAACAGCAUAAUUAGUUUCGGCUGUUAUAAA